CCAACAACAGACCAUUCUUGAUACUUAGUCUCGAAACCUUUGUACAACAGCGGUGAUAGAGGCCUAAUUUGUUGUGGUUAUUUGCGGCGAGUAUAAUGCAACUACUUAACAAAUUUCCUCGCCUUGCUCUCCUGCUUGUAUCGCUGUCAUCCGGUUUGGUUUGCCAUGGUUUUGUAUCCCCCUCUCCCUCGAUUUUGCCGUCGACGGCUUCAAUAACAUUGUAUCGGCGUACCUCGUCCUUAUUAGCAGAACAGCUUAACGUUGCAUUCGUUACAGGGAACCAAGUAAGUGCGCUAAACAUCUGCUUCCUUGUAUUCUUGCUGACGAACGCACGUGCUUUACUUACUAACAGCGAAAAAUAAAUGUUUCCUUCAAUGGACUGUAGAUGAAAGUACGAGAGAUUGAAAUGAUACUUGCAGAAAUGGGUGCUAUUGACCCAGAAAACCCACAAGAAUCUCUAGGUGAGAAUAGUAUGGCGUUGAGAUUCAUUGUGCUCUAUGAAGCACCCACGGAAUUCUAACUGGACAUUAUAAAAUUUAACUUUUCUUGAAAGUGAACUUGAGAGUCGUCCAGGUCGAUCUGCCAGAAAUUCAAGAAGUCAACACGGAAGGAGUCGCAAAGGAAAAGGCGCUUCUCGCGGCUCAAUUGGCCGGUGGACCUAGUCUGAUCGAGGAUACUAGUUUGGAAUUCCAUGCAUUAGGAGGUAUGCCAGGACCCUACAUAAAAUGGUUCCAAGAACGUUUACAAAGUGUUGGUCUCUGGCGGAUUUUGACUGCGUAUGAAGAUAAAUCGGCCACCGCUGUUUGCACCCUUGCAUUUAGUCCAGCACCCCAUGCUGAUCCCGUAUUGUUUACAGGAAAGGUUGAUGGAACAAUUGUCGAACCGGUUGACGGGCGUGGAUUCGGAUGGGAUAGUAUUUUUGUUCCCGAAGAAGAGAAUCAACCUUUCAGUUGUUUGUCUACGGAACGAAAGAAUGAGCUAAGUCAUAGGGGGGACGCUGUUCGACAAUGGGUCAAUUGGCUCUAUGUGAAUAAAGACGAACUCAUAGAGAGACAGAAGACAGGACGACAGAGUAUUGGGCACAAAGGGUUGGAUUUUAAGUCAUACUCCCCUGAACAAUAGACUUUCAAAAUUUUUUCUCUGCUUUUGAUCUUUUCCUUACAAUAUUACUUAGU